GCCCCACAGACGCUGCUCUCUGCGCUGAGUUCCUCCAGCAGAUUGUUUGUCGCUCCAGAUUACAGCAUCUGCAGCCUCAUGUGUCUCCUCCAGGGUUAACGUCCGGUGCAUUGAUAGGUCUGGGAACUGACCAGAUCUGAAUUUCAUGUCCUCCUCAGUGGGGCGUGCCUCUGUACAGCUGCUGAAGUUCUGCCGGACGAUGUGAGUCGUACAAAAGCCUGAACGAGGUCAUUACCGAGCAGUCACUGUUCGAUCUUUCUGAGAGCAGGAUGCGAGCCGUGUACAGCUGCCUUCUAUUGGUGAUUUACAACAGCCAUCUGACGUUUCUAGUUUCAUCCAAAACCUGUGGAGAAGGACACGUGAAAGCAACAAAUGGCACGUGCUUUGAUGAGGAUGAAUGUAUGGGACUUUCUGCACAAACACUGUGUGGCAACAACACUGAUUGUCACAACACAGUGGGAAGCUACUACUGUACCUGUAAGGCAGGAUAUUUCCAGCCGAGCAAACAACGUAACUUCACAGACAGCAGACGCUGCGAAGAUUUGAUAAAUCUUCGCCCGAACAGUUCAUCUUUUGCGGAUAUUGAUUCAUUUGCUGAGGUUUCUACCACGAGUUUGUUAAAGUUUUGCAAGAGAAAUUCAACAGAAUUCUUCAAGUUGGUUUCCAAUUUCAUGGAAGUCAUGGAAAAUUAUGCAAUUGCUGCUGCCCGGAAAUUACAUCACCAACAAAAGGCAGAGUUCUCUUCCAAUAACUUGGAAAUCUUCAUGCAAGCAAUCCGGAACAGCACAAUCCCAAACGAUAACAGAUUAAAGUUAUCCAUUGCCAAUAACAGCCUGAACAUUGGCUGGAAGAGCGUGGCAGGGAAAGAGAAUUUUGAUGUUGCUGCCGUUGUCCUUAUCUCGUACAAACAUCUGGGCUCUCUUAUGGAACAGAACCUUAUGGAAGGCUGCGAGAAUGAAAGCAAGCUGGGACUGAACUCAGACAUUGUUAGUGCUGCAGUAACGAACACAGGCAGGAGCCACCUCCUGGAACCAGUCACUCUCACCUUCGGCAACAAGAAGCUCACUGAUAAAAGAGCCCAGUGUGUCUUCUGGAACAGUUCAACCUUCAGCUGGUCCACUCAAGGCUGCCAAUUGGUUGAGUUCAACGCAGCAUACACAGUGUGCAACUGUACGCACCUGACAAGCUUUGCGGUGCUCAUGGCCCUGGAUGUAAUAGAGGGGAAUGAUGCUCACAAUCUACAUCUGAUCACUCUGGUCGGCGUUAUUGUCUCUCUGGUUUGCCUUGCGCUGUCAGUCCUCACCUUCACCCUGUGUCGGGCCCUUAAAAGUAUCAGGACCACCAUCCACACUCACCUGUGCAUCAGCCUCUUUUUGGCAGAACUGCUGCUCAUCUUUGGAAUGGACAAGACCGAAUAUCGGGAUCUUUGUGCCGUCAUCGCUGGAUUCCUGCAUUAUUUCUUCCUGGCCUGUUUUUCCUGGAUGCUCCUGGAAGGUGUGCAGCUUUACCUCAUGCUGGUGAAAGUCUUCAAUGCAAAGAGUAUGAGACCAACGUACAUGUACUUGUUUGGCUACGGUUGCCCCCUGAUUACUGUUGGCAUCUCAGCAGCCGUGUAUUCCCAGGGAUAUGGAACAGAGAAGCAUUGUUGGUUGGAUCUAAAUAAGGGAUUUAUCUGGGCUUUCCUGGCUCCGGUCUGUGUGAUUAUUCUGGUCAAUGGAGGAUUUUUUAUUAUGACUGUGUUGAAACUGGCUGAAAAGUUUUCAAGUGUCAAUCCUGAUAUGGGCCAGUUGAAGAAAAUCAGGGUCUUUACCUUCACUGCUGUCGCUCAGCUCUGCCUCCUGGGAUGUACUUGGAUAUUUGGCAUGUUGCACUUCCAGAAGGAAACAAUUGUCAUGGCCUACAUCUUCACUGUGAUCAACAGCAUGCAAGGAAUGUUCAUCUUCAUCCUGCACUGCCUCCUUAACAAGCAGGUGAGGGAUGAGUACGCCAACUUCUUCCACCGUUUCUACCUAUUGAAGAAAGACUUAAAAUACUCUGAGUUUUCAACUUCAUCGACGCAGGGCCUGAGAAGCGUUCAUGAGACGGAAAUGUGAUUGAAAGCACGAGAGCUCUGCAGAGCUGGCUACAGCUGCUUCUAAAGCGAGAGGCACAGAGCACAAGAGCAACAGUGCACUGACUCUCUUUGCUUGGGACUGUAACUCGCCUCUCCACUGGGACUACCCCAUUGCUGCUGCCACCCUCUCCCCAUUCUUACCUCCAUCGCUCUGUUUCAAUUUGCUACAAACUUCAGAAGAGGCGAGAAGUUGCAGCUGAGAGUUGUACUGCUUCAGCUCUCUGCUUCUAUUGAGCAUGUACAUAGCAGGAGUUCAUAGCUUCUACAUUGUUGAACAGACUGUCCAAUAAUAAGCACGGUAGCAUCUAGCCUGGAUUCUGGGGAAUGGAAGAGUUGCCUUUCACUUCAAGCACCUCCCUGGGCAGAUGGGAUGAUGUCCGUCUGGCUUUAAGGUUGCUUGAUUUGGUGAUCCUCUAAUUGUUGGCUAUUGGACAGUGGUUGGCAAGGUGACAAACCAGGAUUCAGCCAUCGGAAGGUGAGCACGGGCAGCACAGGUCAAUGAGUGCUUGUGAGUUUGGAAGGAGUUUGCUUGGGGUCCAACAUGGGCAGGGUGGAUGUCUAGCAGGUUUAGAGUUGAGUUAGUGUUGAGUUUGUAAGCUGACAGAGGGUGUGUCCCAGACUGGCUUUUGCCUGCUGUUGGGUUGGUGACACAAUAUGAUGACAAGAGUGCAUGUGAGCUACAAAGCCAUUCCCCAUCGCCGCCCAUCAUUAUUUGGGGCUUUUCAAGAGCCAACAUAAAGCAGGUUGUAAAUGCCACUGACAACCACAUCUCCUGAUUGAUUCGGGACAUGUGAGGCACAGAUGAGCUUCUCUCUCUAGGCAGUGUCGAGGGUGAAAGGCUGAAGGGUAAGAAAGCUUGAACAGGACCCACCGGUCACCAGGUGAGAUGCCAGAGUCUGGGCCAGGCCGCUGCUCAGCCCUGAGUCAGGCUCAGUGCAAUUUCCUCAGCAGAGACCCCAUCUCCUCCCGGUUUCCUUCAGCCCCUCGGCACCAGCUAAUAGCCACCACCAUUGAGUGAUACCCACUACCAUCUCACCACCACAUUAUCUGGGUGGAGUGGUUCAUGGAUGGACCUCCCAUUGUCACCCUCUCAAAGACAGUGUGGGACGGAACACUCAACCCUGCCUUUGCCUGAGGCUGAUGAAUGAAAAUGCAGCCAGUGCUGAGCACGGCUGUGGUUCCCAGUGCCCCGGGUUUGCCCUGUAACUGCCGCAGGUGAGACAAAGGAGGUUUCACCGGCUCAUACGGAGGAAGCAGGAAGGGCAAGCUGGUUACACCUUGUUAUUGUGUAUUGAUACGUAAAAAUGCAAAUUUUUUUAAUAUGCCAUGCUUUUAUUGAAUAAAAUAUCAUCCUG